AUGAGACUGGCCAUCCUUGUGUGCCAGCUUGGCCUCAUUCUGAGGACCGAGGCCCAGAUACCAGAAGCCUGCAUUGUUAGCGAUACAAACAGACCUCCAGAAAACCGGGACAUAACUGUGGUCUGCGGCACUGAGCACAUGGACCUGAGCAUCUACCUUUGUCCAGUGUACCAAGCUCUUUACAAUGAGUCUCUGAUGGUCCUCAAUAAUGAGUUCAACAAACCUGACUGUUACGGAGAUGCUGACUGGAACACUGACCCACCUGUCUUGAAAUUCAGAUUCCCCAUAAAUGAGAGUACAAUCUCAUCCUGCAAUAAUAACUUUAAGAUAAUCAAUGAAGUUGGGAGCGGAGAGUUUUCUGACUUCUCCAACGUCCAGUACGUCAACAUCUCUGGUACUAUUACGUCCGUUGACCCCUCUGCGGGUAUGAUCACCUAUCGCCCGCAGAUCCUGUACAAGUUCUCCUGCCUCUACCCAAUGCAGUAUCUCCUGAACAACACUGAGCUGGGCGUAUCAGGUGUGAGUCUUGCCAUAAGGGACAACAAUGGGAGCUUCAUCAGCACUCUGAGUAUGCACCUCUACAAAGAUGGAGACUACAAAGAUCCGCUUGUAAUCCCGCAAACGGGACUCAACCUGAAGACCAAGAUUUAUGUUGCAGUUCAGGCUAGCAAUCUUACAGACAGGUUCAACGUGCUGCUGGACAGAUGCUACGCCACCACGAGUCCAUAUCCUAUGUUUAACACCUAUUAUGACCUUUUUGUAGGGUGUAACCGUGAUGCACAAACUAAAGUGGAGCUCAAUGGGGUGUCUCAGAAGGCAUAUUUCUCCUUUGAGGCCUUCAGAUUUGUGGAGCACAAGAAUCAGACGGUUUCCACUUUCUACCUGCACUGCGUCACCAGACUCUGUGAGGUGUCCUCGUGUAGCCAGUUGCUGCCUGACUGUGAAAGUGGCCAAAGAAGAAAGAGAGAGGUCCAGUACGUGUCGGCCAACGCUACAGUCACCUCGCCGGCCAUCGUUGUGAGAAAACAGAGCAGCGGAGAUGCUCAAACUUUCUCGGCUUCUCACGGUACGUCAUCGGAGAGCAACUACAGCAGCCCUGUGGUGGCUGUGAUAGUCUGCAUCGUCAUCCUCGCUAUUCUCCUCACCGCCAUGGCUGUUUACUUUGCUUUGUACAUCAGACAGAGAAAACCAAUCAUUCAGUAA